AUGCUCACAUAUAGAUGCUCGGCAUACUCCACCGAUGAGUACUAUAGAUUGGGUGAAUUUACAGCCCUUGAAUGUUUGCAAAAGUUUUGUUUCGUUAUUGAAGCCAGGUAUGGCCAGUGGUACCUCCGUUCCCCAAAUCCGGCCGACCUAUACAGGCUCUUGCAUAAGGUUAGUCGUAGAGGAUUCCCAGGCAUGUUAGGCAGUCUUGACUGCAUGCAUUGGGAAUGGAAGAACUGCCUUACUGCUUGGGUAUGCCAGUUUACCAGCUACAAGCAUAAGCCAACUGUCGUUCUAGAGGUAGUGGCCUCGUAUGACACUUGGAUAUGGCAUGCAUUUUUUGGAGCCACCGGAUUGAACAACGAUAUCAACGUCGUAGCUUGUUCCCCUUUGAUCAAUGAUGUAGUCAAUGGAGUGUCUCCUCAUAUCCAAUAUGUUGUCAAUGGAAAUGAAUACAAUCUGGGUUAUUACUUGGCUGAUGGUAUCUACCCUCGUUAG